AUGGAGGUGCCCAUCAAGUUCUACAGGGGCAUCAACUCCUACUGGAGGAGGAGGAAGUACCAGAAGCUGGAGAGAUCGUCGUCACCCGGGCAUAAGAAGGUGACGAAGCUCGGGGCUGUGCGGGGGACGAGGCGGUGGUUCGUGAGGCUCCGGCGGAGCUUCCGGUUCAGGAUCAGACUCCCUUCCCCGGUCCGGCUCCUGGUCCGGCUCAGGGACGCCUACGUCGACUGCAUGCUGGCCAUGGCCGGGAAGGCGCCCGGCCUCUCCACCAAGAGUGGGCCGGAGGUCUGGUCGAAGAGGAUCCCCACGUCUCGAUCGACGAAGAUCAAAUCGGUUGAGUUCGAGCGGAGGUUAAUAUGCGAGAUCUACAAGUCCCUCGUCAUCUCCGGAGAGCUGUGA